AUGCAGUCCUACACGAAGGUCAGUGACGUCUAUUAAUAUUUUAAUAACAACACGCGUAUUCGUACACAUUUUAUAUUCGUUUUGCUCUACAAUAAUUCCACCGAACCGUUUAAGUUUGAUAAUUUGACCGUAGCGAGGAAUAUAUGUUAUUAGUUUUACUGUGAAGUGUGAUUUUUUAGGUGUUUUUCGUGUCUGUGUACAAUUUUUCUACCAGAAAUCUUGUUGCAAUCAAAAAAACGACCGGAGAGCGUUUUCGUAUUAUUUUGGAUCUAUAAUUGGUUCAUUCCCGCGUUCUCCUUUUGAUUUUAUUUGUAGUUUUCUAAGUGAUAGCGAAAACCGUGAAAAAAAACGUAGGAAAACCGAAAAAGUUUACGGCAUUAGCGGUUUCAUUAUUUUUGAUUUUGUUUUUUUGUUCGAUUAACAAUCACACCGUGAAGACCUGAAAUGUCCACAGAAAAUGUAUAUUAUCCGUAUAUUUUCUAGGAGUGAUACAAUUUUCAAAACAUAAUCUCAAUUUUUAAGCAACUAUUUGUAGACGUUUUACAUUUUCGAGUUUUUUAGUUUUUAUCUGAUUUCAUAAAGAUAAAAUUGUUUAGCCAAAUAGGUUUGGAAAUUUAACACAAGGUUCAUUAUAAGUUGUACUCUGUGGUAAAGACAAAUGUUGAAUUUUUUGUAUAAGCGUUUUAAAUUCAAAUUUGGACGAAAUUCGUAAAACUGACGGAAUUUAAAAACAUGUUUAAUCCUAUUUUAUCACUAAUGGUUUACCAAUAAAUCAUUAUUAAUUCAAUAUGAAUUAGGUUUAAUAACAUUAUAUAUCCUGCUGGUGGAGCAAUAUUAGCUCUUUUUUGUUUUAUUAUAUUUGUUUCAAAACCUGCUGCUCAUCUGCGAUCCUCUUUGAUUACCUCCUUAAACCACCACGAAAAACCGGAUUAGGAUAAUAAUUGUUUUAUAAUUUUAAAUAACACGUGUUUUAUAUAUUCGAAAUCAGUAGUUAUAUUUAACGUACUCGCGUUUUAAAAUUGGCAUUUACAUUGUAGAAAUACGAAUUUAAAGAUAUCAGUAUAAUUAUUUUAUGAAUGCUAAUUUAAAUAAUAUAACAUUAAUUUUUUUCCGUUUUCCUAGUAGGUUCCACGGAUAUAAAACACUUUGCCACUUUUUUUCAGUUCGUAAUAAGUAAUUUUAGGUCUAAAAGAUUUUUUUGAAAUAUGAAAUACUUACAAUUUUACGGUCAGGAACGCAUUGGGUAUUUUGAGAAAAAAAGAUAAACGCAGUUAUUUAACCGAAUUAAACAAAUAAAAAAACGAACAAAUUUUGUCUACACAACAAUGACUAGAAAUCAAAGAAUUGAAAUAAAUGUUCAAAGUUAAAAUUGGGUGAUCGGUAGUGAGUGAAUUUUACUCUAGCGUGCCAGUCAAAAAUAUCAUAUUCGUCUGUAGAAACGGCCGUAUCUCUUCCCAUUUAAUGGAUAUCGGGCAGUAGACUAAUGCAAAAGUCUUCAUCCAUCAAUGAGGUAAUCAUAAAAAGGUUAAACGAUCAUUUUCAAAUUUUAUGAAAUGGUCAAAAUGUGAGAAAACCGUUCCAUACUUUCUUAAAGAUAAACGUAUAUUUAUGGAUGUGAUAAUGUGAGAGGUUGAAAAAUAUUUGGACGUACCUGAAACACCCAGAAGAGCUGCAUAAUAAAAACUAUUGAGGGAAUGGGAACUGCAAAGCAAACUAUCGUAUCUAAUUAUCAUAUAAAACAGAUUAAAAACGACGCAAAACAGUCAAUGUUUUCAAAGAAUUCAAAAAAAAAAAAAAGACGAACAAUCUAUUGGAAUAUGGAAAUAUAGAACCCUUUUCAUAAAUAUAUUAUAAUAAUGUCAAAAAUCAUUGAAAAAUAUACGUAUUUUAUAAUAUAUAAGAGUGAGAAUACAUUUUGUUAAACGCUUAUGGUUACUAAUAGUAUGGAAUAAUGUUUAAGAAAACAAAUACAAACACAAAUAGGUUUUGAAAAUAUUCGGUUUAAAAAGCAAUUUUUUUUUUUUCAUGAUCUUAUGUAUUUAAUGAUUACUUACCGAACAAUGACCUGUUAUCACACAUCGUUAACACAAUAGUAAAUAAUAAUCAUAACUACCUGUGUAUAUUAAUUGUUUUAAACAUUAUCAACAAUUGUAUUUUUUCAUUUUAUUACUGCAUUAAUUAUCUAUGCACAGAACUAUAAAUAAUAGAAAAACAAACGUUCUUAAAAGUAGUUACAAAUGAUUUAAAAAACGUGCUUACUUAAAAAUAAUAAAUUAUAAUUAAUAUGAAAUGCACAAACAACCUGUUCGUCAUUUUUUAUCAUUAUUUUUAACGGUUAUCGAUAGUUUAAUAGUAUUUUCCCCGAGUUAAUCAUCAUACCAUUAAAAUAAAAUAAAAACAACAUAACACAUUUGACUCAAUCUUCUGAAACGUGACUCGAGUCUUAUUCACUCAUCGUUUUGUACCAGCUACUUAACUUAUAGCCAAUAAUUGCAAGUAAAAUUUAAAAUGUUUAAUUAAAAAUUAACUAAAUACCUAUUUAAUCGAAAAAUAAUAAAAUAUCAUCAACAAGUUUGAACGAUAAACAAGAGCAUACAUACUUACUGGAAUUUUUAAAUUAUAAACAUACUUUUUACCCCGAUCGGCAUUUAGAACUUUAGAAAUCCAUUACUUGAAAAAUACUAAAACCACUAUUUUAUAAAAGCUACACGUUCCGUUUCUGUGCUGCUGCGGUCUAGUAAAUAAAACGUGAUAUUAAUAAUUGUAUACCUUACGAAAUGUAAAAGCAUAGUAUAUUAUAGUACGUAUUAAGUAUCAAGUUUCAAUAUUAAACUUGACAAAAUUAUAAAUUUUUUUUUUGUUGCAAUUUGUUACAAAUUUGUUACAAUUGCUGAAUUUUUUUCGUUUCUGUACUUUCGGCUUAGUAUACAAUUAACUUGGUACAAACAUCAACUGAAAUAUUAAUAAUAAUAUUUUAACAAUCUAUUGAACAAUUUGUUUCUUCAACCACAUUAAUGUUAAAAUUAUACUUUAUAUUUAAUAUUUUUUGUUAUUGUUUUCCCCGCAGAUAUUAGUUAUGUGCGUCGUGAUGCUCGUGGUCGCCCAGCAAGCGUUGUGUGCACCGAAGGCCCGGCCGUCCAAACACAGUAGCAGUCACGAAAACCAUAAUCACAAGGAACACGAACACGGGGGACACGAGCACCACAACGAACACGAACACAAGGAACACGAGCACCACAAGGAACACGAACACCACAAGGAACACGAACAUCACAAGGAACAUGAACACCAAAGUCCAUCAGACAAUUACCAACAAGGCGGUGGCGGAAGCAGCCAUCAUGAGCACGGUGGCGGAAGCAGCCAUCAUGAGAACGGUGGCGAAAGCAGUCAUCACGAGAACGGUGGCGGAAGCAGUCAUCACGAGAACGGUGGCGGAAGUAGUCAUCAUGAGAACGGUGGCGGAAGCAGUCAUCAUGAGAACGGUAGCGGAAGCAGUCAUCAUGAGAACGGUGGCGGAAGCAGCCAUCAUGAGCACGGCAGCAGAAAGAAGUUCUAUUAA